AUGAGGCAGAGAAGAUGGCUCGAGCUACUGAAGGAUUAUGACAUGCAGAUUCAGUACCACCCAGGUAAGGCAAAUUCCGUAGCCGACGCAUUGAGCAGGAAAUUAGUUGGAAGUUUGGCGUGCUUGACAGCGGUUUCGGUGGAACCGACCAUCAUGGAGGAAGUGAAGACCAGACAGAGGGAGGAUAAAUUCCUCAAGAAGGUAUUGGGAGCAGCAUCUAUGGUUAGCAAGGGAGGGAAGCAUCCGGGCCAGCUUAAAGAUGAUGUUGCAUCACCUGGCGGGACCACCAUUGCCGGUAUUCAUGAGUUGGAGAAGGGUGGGUUUCGUGGGAUCCUCAUGAAUGCUGUUGUUGCUGCCGCCAAGCGCAGCCAAGAAUUUUCCAAGAGAUAG